AUGUUUACAUCAAGUGCUCCGAAGGAACGUGUGAGAGUAUGGAUUAUUCUUGCCUUGUGUACUCUAACGAAUGUUCAAAGUCAAUCAACAUUGUCGCCAUCCGUCUCAUGUCCAGGUUCAGGUUUUGGUGUUUGUGGAAAUCAAUGUUACAAUCAAAGUACACAACAAUGUUUAAAUGGAACAAUAUGUAGUCGUGGCCAACAAUUGUGUGUCGUUAAAUAUGAGACUUGGUACGGAUAUCCGUAUAGUUCACCAUCUAAUCAGUGUUACAAUCCGACAAAUCAAUCAUGUUGGAACAACUCACUUUGCGAAUACCCAUAUCGAUCAUGCAAUCAACGAUGUCUUCGAUACAACGAAUUAUGUAUUAAUAAUAUGACAGUUUGUACUACGAUAAAUUGGUAUUAUUCCUAUUAUUAUUCCUAUUAUUAUUAUUAUUUUUCCUUUUACAAUUAUCAAGUCAGUCAAAUGAAAUCAUGCAACGGUAUAUGUUAUGAUCCUGCAUUUCAAGUAUGUACCAACAGUACUAUUCAGUGUAUUAACAAUUGCUCUGGUCUAUGCUACAAUUCAUCAUCACAGCAAUGUUUAAAUGGAACAGUAUGUAGUCGUAGUCAGCAAUUCUGUUUCGUUAAAUAUGAUAGUACGUAUGGAUAUCAGUAUAAUCCACCAUAUUAUCAAUGUUACAAUCCAACAAAUCAAUCAUGCUUGAACAACUCAAUUUGCGACUAUCCAUCUCGAUCAUGUAAUCAACGAUGUCUUCGAUACAACGAAUUA